AUGUCGCUUCUAGCUACUUCAUUACGAAAAGUUGUAAUCCCAGCUACGCGACGUGUUACGAGCACUGGGCAAUACCGAGCAAUUAGCGCAUUGCCAGACCUUUCUUCUUCUUCGAGGUCAAGACGAGCACUCUUCUAUGUUCCUGGGAGCGACGAGCGAAAAAUCCACAAGUCCAUAUCUGUGGGUGCCGAUUGUAUCGUCUAUGACUUGGAGGAUAGCGUAUCCUUGAACAAAAAGGGAACUGCACGCCAUAUGGUUAUUGACGCACUCGAGGCAUCCGAACAUGGCAAAGCGGAAAAGGCUGUUCGUAUCAAUGCAAUUGGAACUGGCCUGGAACUGGACGAUUUGAAUGUCAUUCUUCAUUCCAAACGGCUGCAAGCUAUCGUUAUCCCCAAAGUUCAGAGCGCAAAAGACAUCAAUUUCGUGAGCAGGAUGAUCGAUUCGGUUGCUGUAGAGUCACAACGUGAACGCAUUCGUUUGAUUGCAUCGGUUGAAAGUGCACUCGGCAUAAUGAACAUUCGUGAAAUUGCGACAGCGGAUCCUCGUCUAGAUGCAUUGAUUUUUGCCGCAGAGGACUAUUGUGCUGAUCUUGGCUUGAUUCGUACCAGACGUCGAAAUGAAAUGCUCUUUGCACGGCAAACGAUUGUCAAUGCGGCUGGUGCAUAUGGUCUACAAUCCUUGGAUUUGGUUUGCGUGAACUAUCAGGACGAGGAUGUAUUACGUGAAGAAUGCAAGGAAGGGAGGGAAUUCGGUUUCACUGGCAAACAAGCUAUCCACCCAUCACAAAUCGAUAUCAUACAAGAGAUGUUUUUACCCGAUCCAAAAGAUCUUGAACAUGCUGUAAGGAUUCUUGAAGGCUUCGAGCAUCAUGCUGAGAAAGGCGUUGGUGCUUUCAACUUGGAUGGAAAAAUGAUCGAUAUGCCAGUAGUAAAAUGGGCCAACAAGAUCGUAAGCAGAGCUCAAGCUGGAGGAAUGACGAUGCCUCAGGUGGAGAGCAACAAUGACAACUCGUCGAAUACCAAGAACAAAAAUUAG